UCUUUGCAUUCUCCUCUCCUCUCUGCCUGCCUUCCUGAGUAGUUCCAAUGUUUUUUUACCGUUGUGGCUGCCAGAUCUCGGUGGUUAGCCACGAAGUGCAUAUAUAUACUGACAGCCCUCCAGUCUACUGGUUGCUGCAUUACCAUCUCUUCUCGCAAGGUGCUGUAGAUGAAGGAAGAUGACGACAACUCUGGCAUACAGUGAUGAGUAUUUCUACUUGUCGACCUACCCACUGUAUCCUUCAACUGCCCUGGAUGAGGAGGAGAUGUUCUCAUUCCCUCUGGUGCUUUACAGCAUUAUCUGCCUCCUGGGCGUGGGCGGGAAUGGACUGGUUAUCUGGAUCGCGGUUUUGGAAGUGAGGAAGACAGUCAGCAUGAUCUGGCUCCUGAACCUCUCCGUGGCUGACUUCAUCUUCACUGCGCUGCUGCCCUUUGCCAUUACCCAUCAGGCCCUGGGCACCCAGUGGCCAUUCGGGCACAUCAUGUGUAAGCUCAUCUCCUUCAUCAACCAGCUGACCAUGUUCGCCAGCGUCUUCACGCUGACCGCCAUUGCCCUGGACAGGUUCAUCUCCAUUGUCUUCCCCAUCUGGUCGCAGAACCACCGCACGGUGAGGCUGGCGGUCGGGGUUUCAUCGGUGGUGUGGAUAUUGGCCGCGGUUCCCAGCGUCCCCUUCUUCCUGAUCCGGGACACCACGGAAGAGGAGGGAGGGUUUACGUAUUGCUUCUACAACGAAGAUGUGUACAAACUCAGCCACCUGGUAUUGGGGAGGUUUACUCUUGCCUUCUUGUUGCCAUUUAUCACAAUAGCCUUUUGCUACGCCAUCAUUACACGGAAGGUCAGACGGAGGUGGAAGAAAUCAUCAGACAGAUCAUGCAGGGUCACCUGCACGAUCAUCUGCGCCUUCUUCAUCUGCUGGCUGCCCUUCCACGUACUGUACAUUCUGCACUCCACCACCAACCGGUACUUCACCAUCACCCUGCCGCUGGCCACCUGCCUGGCGUAUGCCAACAGCUGCAUCAACCCUGUGCUCUACACGUUCGCCGGCCGCGGCUCUUGCCUGCAGGUCAAGAGGCGGAUCCGGCUGGCGCUGAAGCUUUUCCAGGUGGAGAUGAGCAACAGUGGGUCCAGGACCGAGUCGAGGCCCAGCCGGGCCGUAGUGUGAAAUGGGCUUAGGUGACCUAGACAGUUCUAGAGAAACAAUUACAGAUAUAGGCCCUUUGGCCCAUCUAGUUCAUGCCAAAACUAAUUAACUGCCUAAUCCCAUCGAUCUGCACUGGGACCACAGCCCUCCAUACCCCUACCAUCCAGGUACCUAUCCAAACUUCUCUUAAACGGUGAAAUUGAGCUCACAUGCACCACUUGUGCUGGCAGCUCGUUCCACACUCUCACCAUCCUCCGAGUGAAGAAGUUUCCCCUCGUGCUCCUCUUAUACAUUUCACCUUUCACCCUUAACCCAUGACCUCCAGUUGUAGUCCCACCCAACCUCAGUGGAAAAAGCCUGCUUGCAUUUACCCUAUCUAUAUCCCUCAUAAUUUUGUAUACUUCUAUUAAGUCUCCUCUCAGUCUUCUGCGUUCCAACAAAUGAAGUCCUAACCCAUUAAAUCUUUCCUUAUAAUUCACAUCCACCAGGCCCAGUGACAUCCUUGUAAAUUUUCUCUGAACACAAUACUUAUUUGUAUAUUUCCUCCAGGUAGGUGACCAAAACUGCAUACAAUACUCCAAAUUUGGCAUCACCAAUGUCUUAUACAACUUCAACAUAACAUCCCAUAAAUUAUAAAUCAAUGUAUAGAGCUCAAAGUAGAUUUAUUAUCAAACCACCCUGAGAUAUAUUUUCUUCCAGGUGUUCAUAGUAAAACAAUGGAAUUUUAUGAUGAAACUAUACAUAAACAGACAAAGGUGGACAAAGACCAGUGUGUGAAAGACGAACUGUUCAAAUAAA